UGCGGCGGAUGUUGAUAUUCUGUUUUGGAGACCACAACCAGAGCUAGCUAGCGAGCCUUCGUCGUUGCCGGAGUUUUUGUUGUUUGGUUGUUGUCUGACGUUUUUUAAUUGUUUUCAACCAGGGAAGGAUCCACUCCCCAAACGACGGCACCGUGUCUCUCCCGGCGCCUCACCGGGGAAGCGCGAGCCCGAGUCGUGCGAUGAUGGAGGACUUCGACGAGAUCUACGAGGAGGAAGAAGAAGAGGAGGACGAGGAGAGGGCCGCGGAGGAACAGCUGCUAAAGUACGCUCCAGACCCGGUGGUCGUCCGAGGAUCUGGCCACGUCACUGUGUUUGGACUCAGUAACAAGUUUGAGUCAGAGUUCCCAUCGGCACUUACAGGGAAGGUGGCGCCAGAGGAGUUCAAGGCCAGUAUAAACCGUGUUAACGGCUGUCUGAAGAAGACGRUGCCAGUGAAUGUGCGUUGGCUGCUGUGUGGCUGUCUCUGUUGCUGCUGUACACUGGGCUUCAGUCUCUGGCCCGUCAUCUGUCUGAGCAAGAGGACACAGAGAUCCAUGGAGAAGCUGUUGGAUUGGGAGAACAGCAGACUGUACCACAAGGUGUGUAGGGGUGGGAGGAGGACCAGGGAGAACAGCAGACUGUACCACAAGGUGUGUAGGGGUGGGAGGAGGACCAGGGAGAACAGCAGACUGUACCACAAGCUGUGUUUGCAUUGGAGACUGAGCAAGAGGAAGUGUGAAACCAACAACAUGAUGGAAUAUGUAAUCCUGAUAGAGUUCCUACCCAAGAUCCCCAUCUUCAGACCGGACUAGCUCUCCGCGGCCCCACCCACAUCCUCCCAUGGUGCCUCUCUUCACUCGGCCCAGUCA